CGUUUACAUUUCUAAACGCGACUAUUUCAUUUUGAAUAUGUUUUAGCAAAUAGCAUUAUAGCGAGUGCUACUACCUGUAUUAGCUAGCAUGCUAGGCUGAUUUGUUAGCUUAGCUAAUGCUAAUUGUUUACUAGUUAAUCAUAUCUAUUAAAAAGCCCCUCCAGCGGAACCGCAGCAGUCUCUGGAGCUCGGGGAUUAAAGAGUCUUUAUCUCUCGUCCUCAUGCAGCUAUAUUUCUGAAUCAGCUUCAGCUCCAUGUCCGUUUCCACGACCUCCAUCCCGACGGCUCCACGGCGGAUACAGCUUCUAAUCUAAUCCGAGGCGUUGGGCCUAGAAGAGGAGGACAGACAACAUAACGAAUCCUAAACUACACCUCCCAUAAUUCCUUGCUUCCGGGUUCACUUCCGGUUGAUCGGUGAUAACUGACUGACCCACCAACCAACGGGACAAAGAAGCAACAGAUCAUUCGCAGGAACGUGAACAGCACACACUCCACUGAGAAAAUUGUUUCCUGUAAUUUAUCGAAGAUGUGUGAAGGAGUCUCCAGUGUCAGAGACUUGUAGCAGUCAGAGGUGAAGCUGAAACUGUGGGAUUUCUGACCUCUUCAGGACAGACAUCUUCACUACAAUUGAGAUUUUAAUCAUUGUGUGUUCUGGUGCUGCACUUCUCUCCCCUCCUCAUGCCCCUGCAGGUGACCUGGCCAUUCCCACAGUGCCCACGUCUGGGCUGGAGGAUCUCCAGCUCGUUUGUGAUGGGCAUGGUGGGAUCAUACAGCUACCUGUGGACCAAGUAUAUGAACUGUUUGUCAGUGCACAACCAGGAAGUUCUGCUGGACCUGCUGAAUGAUCGGCCUCAGGACACGCCCCUCAUCACUGUGUCCAAUCACCAGUCCUGCAUGGAUGACCCGCACAUCUGGGGGGUGCUGAAGCUUCGGCAGCUGUGGAACUGGAAGAGAAUGAGAUGGACCCCGACGGCGUCAGAUAUCUGCUUCACCAAGGAGUUACACUCUCACUUUUUCAGCAGAGGGAAGUGUGUCCCGGUGGUUCGAGGUGAUGGAGUUUAUCAGAGAGGAAUGGACUUCCUGGUAGAGAAACUCAAUCAGGGCGACUGGGUGCACAUAUUCCCAGAAGGGAAGGUGAACAUGACGGGGGACUUUAUCAGGUUGAAAUGGGGAGUCGGACGUUUAAUAGCUGAAUGUUCACUUCAUCCUGUUAUCUUACCUCUGUGGCACGUGGGUCUGAAUGAUGUUCUUCCUAACACAGCUCCAUAUAUCCCUCGAGCAGGAAAGUCAGUGCGUAUCUGUGGUUUAUUUAUAGAGGAUCACCGUGUUAGUUGGAAAACCUUUUACAGUCAAACACAUAGUAGAAGCCCUGAGAGCAGAGGAUAAAAGUCCGGUGGAAAUGAGGAAAACGCUGACCGACUUCAUCCAGGCUGAGUUUCGUACUUUAAAAUCACAAGCUGAAGCUCUUCAUCAGAGAUUUCAGACCAGCCGGUGAUACACACACACAGCUUGAGAACCGGCUGGACACACACACACACACACACUGAUCAGACUGGAGACUGAACGAGGUGAAGGUUGAGUGUAAAAUGUUCACACUGCUCCUUGUCGAACCUCACGGACUAGACGUUCUCCGUUCAUGCGGAACACGGAGCUCACGUUCCUGUCCAUGACAGAGACGAAUUUUAUUCAGUUUUAAAUUUUUAAUGCGGUUAUUCGAGGCAUGGACUAUCAUUUCUACACUGCUGAUUAAAUUAAUUUCUAAUCUGUAA